GUUGACAAUGGAGAGAGUUGAUCACCUUGGGUUUCUUAUUUAUUUUGGUGAAAGGGGAUCAGAAAGAAUUCCAUUGAGCCAAAAUGCACCAUUUUUCACAAAUUCAGAUCCCGACAUGCCUUCUGCUUCUGUUGCUGCAGCACAAGUUCAUGAUUGGCUUUUACAGAAUAUAGCUUCUACAUUGGAACACAUUUCUGAAAGGGUUUCAGCGAAAGAAAAUGGGCCAACCAGUGCGUCUGAUCAGGAUGUUUCGAUGGCUGAUGUUAGCACAAGUUCAACAAAGGCCUCAACCCGUUCUAUGGGCCCCAGUUUUAUUGAGGGGAUCUCCAAAUCAUCUUUUGUAAAGCAAGCAUCUGAUCUGAAAGAGUCUUCUGUGAAGGUUGUAAAUUGCCAUGAGUCUGUCAUCUACAUAUUAGCACCUUUAAGAUAUGCCACAGUCUAUGGAUGCUCUGAUGCAACUAUAGUCCUUGGAGCUGUUGGCAAGGCCAUAAGAGUUGAGCACUGUGAGCGAGUUCAUGUGAUUACAGCAGCAAAGCGAAUCUGUAUUGCAAAUUGUCGUGAGUGUGUAUUCUUCCUGGGGGUAAACCAACAACCCCUUAUUGUUGGUGAUAACCAUAAGCUGCAGGUGGCACCAUAUAAUACGUUCUAUUCUCAAUUGGAGGAGCACAUGAAUCAAGUUGGUGUUGAGCCUAGUAUGAACAGAUGGGAUGAACCUGUGGUAUUGGGAGUGAUUGAUCCACAUGAUUCAUUAUCUCAUCCUGCAGGUGUCUCUGAUGUUCAAACUGAAUCUGCAACUCGCCUAGACUCUGAUCAGUUUACAAAUUUUUUGAUUCCAGACUGGUUUGGUGUUGAAUCAGCUGAGUCUACAAAAGACAAUCCAUUUCCUUUACCAGAUGCUUAUACGGAAUCUCAGGAGCGAAAUGUAUCAAUGUCACUUCAUUUAUGUUUGUAAUUUUAGCGUUCGCAUAUACCUAUUUUGAG